AUGCAGGAGCUGGGAUUGAAGAAGCCCGUCGAUGUUCUCACAGAGGUUCCAGACUGGCAAACCUUCUACCAAAACUAUGUCCGAGUAAACCGUCCGGUUGUGCUUCGAAAUGCUGCUCGAGCCCAGAGGGCGUUUGACAAGUGGACGGAUGACUAUCUUGUCGAUCUAUGGGGGCAGGACAAAGUCAUCGACAUUGAGAUGAAAAAGGUGGAAGAGCGAGGUGGGCCAUCCGUCCAGUGGCCCUUCGAUAAGUUCGUCAAAGAGAUAUAUGAGGCAGAUCGAGAAGACCAACUCUAUGCGGUGAUCGGCUUAGAGGAUGACGAAGCACUGGCGGAUCUGGAUCUGCCAGAGCCGGCCAGAUGCAAAGAGGUGUGGCCUCAGUCUGUCACGCUUUGGAUGAGCAGCGGCGGCACUAUGUCGGUUCUGCACAAUGACGACGGCGAGAACUUUCUGAUGCUGCUGGACGGCUACAAGAGUGUCAUGCUCGUACACCAGGAUGAAGCUCCCAACAUGUACGCUCAUGUGGCCAAGGUGCGAGGGACGUCCCCAGUUCGCCAGGAUGCCGUGGACCUGGAAAACUUCCCACGGUUUGCCAACAUUACCUGGCUGCAUGGUGACAUGGGACCCGGGGAUACAUUGUUCAUCCCGCAUACCUACUGGCACCAGGUGAACUCGCGCGGCAGAAACUUGGGGGUGAACAUCUGGUGGAGCCACGCGGAAGAUUGGCGAUGGUGGGACUUGAAGAGGUAUGAUGCCACAAGGUUCGGCACGAAGGAUUUGCCUUCGUUUGAUGCGUUCAAAAGCGACGCUGUGAAGGAUGCGAAAUGCACCCCUCUGGAAGACGACCUGCAUCUAGGUGAGAUCAAGCUGGUGGACGAAAGGCGCACGAAAGAAGCUCUCCUGCAGUUUAACGGAGCUUUGCUGCUUCGAUGUUUCAUGUCAAACAAGCAUGCUCCUUGCACUCGGCAAGUUUAG